UACUCCAAGUCCACGAUUAGCUUCGCGAGGCUGCUCAAAGCAUGACUGUUCACGGCCGAGGAACCAACCCGCCAAGGCUUGAUUUCAGAGAUUAAUGACGUCACUUGCCUCUCAGCUUUGCUUCGGAAGACUCCUUUUUUGCCCUACAUUCAAGACUCUUCCCGCCUGCUUAUUAAGCAUCUGUGCAAUUGCUACAGUUACGGAGGGCAAGACACGCUCCAGCGGAAGAAAAACCUUUUCCCGCAUUUUCCAAGAAUGCUCGGAUCGGAGAGCUCUUAGUCAGGGCAAACAAGGGCAUGCUCGCAUCAUUGUAUCUGGCUUUGAACCCACCAUCUUCGUUACCAACUGUUUGAUCCAAUUGUACAUAAGGUGCUCUAAUUUACAUUAUGCUCAUAAGGUAUUCGACCACAUGCCUCUUCGAGACACUGUUUCUUGGAACGCUAUGAUUUCCGGCUAUGCCAGGGUUGGGAAUAUGCCAGUAGCGCAGUCAAUGUUUGACUUGAUGCCGGAGAAGGAUGUUAUCUCAUGGAAUUCCUUGAUUUCUGGGUACUUGCAGAAUGGUAGCCAUCACAUGUCAAUUGACAUCUUUUUCCAAAUGGGAAGGGCAGGUGCAGCGUCAGACCAUACAACUUUUGCUGUUCUUUUGAAGGCGUGCUCGGCUUUAGAGAAAUAUGAUUUGGGAAUUCAGAUUCAUGGGCAUGCAGUUGCCAUGGGCUAUGAUCAUGAUGUGAUGACUGGAAGUGCAAUGGUAGAUAUGUAUGCAAAAUGUAAGAGAUUAGGUGAGUCAUUGCAGUUUUUCCGUGAGAUGCCUGAAAAGAAUUGGGUUUCUUGGAGUUCUAUAAUUGCAGGUUGUGUCCAAAAUGAGGACCUUUUGGCUGGUUUAGAAUUGUUCAAAGAGAUGCAAAAAGAGGGAGUUGGGGUGAGUCAAUCUACUUAUGCUAGUGUUUUCAGGUCCUGUGCAGCCUUAUCUGCAGUACGGUUGGGGUCUCAAUUGCAUGCUCAUUCUCUGAAGGCUGAUUUUGGAUAUGAUAUUAUAGUAGGAACUGCAACUGUGGAUAUGUAUGCAAAGUCUGGCAAUUUACCUGAUGCUAGAAAGCUAUUUAACACGUUAAGAAAUCGUAAUUUGCAGUCUUACAAUGCGAUAAUUGUUGGGUAUGCUCGAAGUUGUCAGGGUUUUGAAGCUUUCCAGAUAUUUCGGCUUUUGCUCAAGUCUGGUCUUGGGCUUGACGAGAUAAGCCUAUCCGGCGCACUUAGUGCUUGUGCAGCGAUCAAAGGGUAUUUGGAGGGGAUCCAAGUACAUGGAUUAGCUAUUAAGAGUACUUUUUGGUCAAAUGCCUGUGUGGGAAAUGCCAUUUUGGAUAUGUAUGGAAAAUGUGGAGCUCUGUUGGAAGCUCGCUCUGUUUUUGAUGAGAUGGAAAGCAGAGAUGCUGUCUCCUGGAAUGCAAUUAUUGCAGCUUAUGAGCAGAAUGGAAAUGAAGAGAUGACUUUGUCACUAUUUGUUGGGAUGCUCAGGACAAGAAUGGAACCUGACGAGUUCUCGUAUGGUAGUGUCUUGAAAGCUUGUGCUGGUCGGCAGGUUCUGAACUAUGGCAUGGAGGUCCAUAAUAGAAUAAUCAAAUCUGGGAUGGGGUUUGAUUUGUUUGUUGGAAGUGCUAUUGUGGAUAUGUAUUGCAAGUGUGCAAAGGUGGAAGAAGCAGAGAAGCUCCAUUAUAGAAUGGCGAAACAAACAAUGGUUUCCUGGAAUGCAUUGAUCUCCGGGUUCUCACUGAAUGAACAGAGCGAGGAAGCUCAGAAAUUCUUUUCUCAGAUGUUAGAAAUGGGAAUUAAGCCUGAUCAUUUCACUUAUGCAACAGUUCUUGAUACUUGUGCUAAUCUGGCAACGGUUGGCCUCGGGAAGCAAAUCCAUGCGCAAAUUCUCAAGCACGAAUUGCAAUCAGAUGUAUAUAUAUCAAGCACUCUUGUUGACAUGUACUCAAAGUGUGGAAUUAUGCAGGACUCCAGGCUGGUGUUUGAGAAGGCACCGAAGCGGGACUUUGUUACGUGGAAUGCUAUGAUCUGUGGCUAUGCUCAGCAUGGUCUUGGAGAAGAGGCACUUAAGACAUUUGAGGAUAUGCAACUUGAGGGUGUGAAACCAAACCACUCAACUUUUGUUUCAGUCCUCCGAGCUUGUGCACAUAUGGGGUUUGUUGACAAAGGGUUGGAAUACUUCCAUGCAAUGUUGAGUGAUUAUGGGCUGGAUCCUCAAUUGGAACAUUACUCUUGUAUGGUAGACAUACUAGGGAGAUCGGGCCAGGUUAUUGAGGCUUCGAAGCUUAUCCAGAAGAUGCCUUUUCAGGCUGAUGAUGUCAUCUGGAGGACUUUGCUUAGUAUGUGCAAGAUGCAUAGGAAUGUAGAGGUGGCAGAACAGGCAGUGAGUUCUCUUUUGCAAUUGGACCCUCAGGAUUCUGCUGCUUAUAUUCUUCUGUCUAAUAUUUAUGCUGAUGCUGGAAUGUGGGAUGAGGUGUCAAAAUUGAGGAAAAUCAUGAGGUUUAGUGGGGUAAAGAAAGAGCCAGGCUGCAGCUGGAUUGAGGUAAAGAGCGAGUUACAUAUGUUCGUUAUUGGGGACAAAGCUCAUCCGAGAUGCAAAGAGAUCUAUGGGAAUCUAAAUCUGCUAAUAGCUGAGAUGAUGAAAUGGGCAGGUUAUCUCCAUGAUACUGAUUCUGUGCUAGAGGAUGAGGAGCUAGUAGAAGAGCUUUCACAAUCUGUAGCUUAAUACAUUACCCCAAUUCAUUGACUGCAAAAUGCAACAAGGACAUUUUAAUUAGUCUGCGAUGCGAUCAUCUAGUGAAUAGACCAAACAGCAAAAAUCAUCAGCUUAAGAGACUGACUAUAUUAAGUAUUUUAUGCAGAAAUAAAUAGUACACAGGCCAUAUAUAUCAAACAACAAUGGUAGCAAAACAGACUAUUGAUGUAACGCCCCAUUUUCCCACAACGAGCGUUAACUCGAGAUUUCGGGAAUAUUUUUUUUUUUUUUUUCAACAUCGAACACACAACAUAAGUCUCUCAAUACAUAUACCUUCAUCA